CUUUUCUUAAAGGAAACGCAGUCAUACAGUCUUUACCAUGGCCUCCUUACAUUUCUCACUCUUUUUCCUGGUCGUUGUGAUUGGCGUGUUGAUACAUAAUGGACUUGUUGCUGGCCAAAUCACACCUAGAACCACCGCAAGGACCACGGCUAGAACCACCGGUAACCCGGCCGAUACCCAGUUAAUCGAGAAGGCCAAACGUGACUGCAAGGGAGAUAUGGCAGCUCAAGCCGUAACGGAACUGCUGAAACGCACCGAACAGACACUGGCCCAACUGCAUAAAGUCCUCCGAAAAACCGGCUCCGAACAUCAACUCCGCAAAUCGCUGGACUGCUUGGAACGGAAUGGUCUUGUCGCAACGUCCCGCGUCCGCGGCAAGAAAGUGUACAAUGUUGUCCGCAAGAACACGUAUUAGCGUUUUCCUGAUAUCCCCCAACAGAACUUCGAACAAAUCUGUUUAUUUAACCUGUUUAUGGAAUUCGCAUUCUGUAU